UUUCAGGCUUUACUUUUGAAAGAAUAAAUGAAAAGAGAAGUGAGAACGUACAUAUCACUUUCAUGGAGUUAACUUGAAAUGCUUUCCGAUGUUUUACCAGAGAAAUUGCAGACUAUCGAAUGUGAGGAAGAUUUACCGAAUGCAAUUAUUGUCACCAAUGUACCGUCUGAGGUAUUUUCGGUUGACCAACACAAGGCCAAUUUCUCGGACCUGUUCACUCAGAUCGAAUCCGGUUGUCACUUCGAUUUUCUGCGAAGCUUUCGACGGGUUCGAAUUACAUUCGAAAAGCCCGAAAGUGCAACGGCUGCAAAACUCCUCACGCAACAUUUGUCGUUUAAUGGGACCAUUUUAAAAUCAUUUUUCGCUCAGAGAAUUCGAUUGCGGGAUGCGUCUGAUGAUGGGUUAUUGAAAUUACCACCGCUGGAGAAACAAUUCCUGAUCUCACCACCAGCUUCACCACCAGUUGGUUGGGAGCAAAGUCGCGAGAUGGCUCCGGUGGUGUGCAAUUUUGACUUGAUGGCAAAGCUUGCUGCGCUUACUGUCGAUGACACCUUCGAGGUGUAUGAAGGUGACGAAGACAAACCGAAAAUUGUGAUACAUCCAGCGAAUGAGGAAGAAAGCAAUCUCAUGCCUCCCCAGUCAAUGAUGCCUAAGACCCCGCGACCGCCAAACACACCUCGAUCUAUACGGAAAGAAUACACCUGAAUCGGUUCCACCGCUGUCCCAUGCUGUUAUUCUCAAUAUAUUUAUUGUAAUUUACUAGAUAUAUCUAUGUGACAAUAGAUUAACAAUAAAUACAAAUGACAAAUAUUGCUUUUAAAA